GGAGCACAGAGGGGAUGCUGAAAUGGAAAGUCUCAAGGUCGAUAUUGAAAUGCCCUAUCCUGAGAGAAUAGUAGAAGUGGGCAAAGUGACUUUUGGAGAAGAGAACAGAAAGAAGAUGACUAAUAGCUGUUUGAAAAGAUCUGAGAAUUCUAAAAUCAUCCAGGCUAUAUGUGCACUGUUAAAUUCUGGAGGGGGUGUGAUCAAAGCAAAGAUUGAUGAUGAAACCUAUAGUUACCGAUGCCAUGGACUGGGACAUGAUUUGGAAACCUCCUUUCAAAAGCUCCUUCCUUCAGGUUCACAGAAAUACCUUGACUACAUGCAGCAGGGGCACAAUCUCCUGAUUUUUGUGAAGUCAUGGAGCCCAGAUGUUUUCAGUAUCCCACUAAAGAUUUGCAGCUUGCACUCCAAUUUAUAUCAGAGAGAUGUGACAUCCGCUAUCAACCUGAGUGCCAGCAGUGCUCUGGAGCUUCUCAGAGAGAGGGAGUCUAGAGCCCAGAGGGGAAGACCAAGGAUAAAGGAGUUGCAUCCCCAGCAAGUUCUCAACAGAUACAUUCAGGAAGAAGAAGACAUGAGGAUGUCUGCCUCAGAAUUUUUUAAAAAGGAAAAACUCACAUUUAAGGAGAAACUCAACUUUACUGAGUCAACGCACGUUGAGUUUAAAAGGUUCACCACCAAAAAGAUUGUACCUCGGAUUAAGGAAAUGCUGCCUCAUUAUGUUUCUGCAUUUGCCAACACUCAAGGGGGAUAUCUAAUUAUUGGGGUAGAUGAUAAGAGCAAAGAAGUAUUUGGGUGUAAGAGGGAAAAAGUGAACCCUGACUUACUAAAAAAAGAAGUAGAAAACUGCAUAGAUAAAUUGCCAACAUUCCACUUCUGUCAUGAGAAACCAAAGGUGAAUUUCACUACCAAAAUCCUGAAUGUGUACCAAAAAGAUGUCCUGUAUGGCUACGUCUGUAUAAUUCAAGUGGAGCCCUUCUGUUGUGUAGUGUUUGCAGAGGCCCCAGAUUCCUGGGUCAUGAGAGACAAUUCUGUUACAAGGCUGACAGCUGAGCAAUGGGUGGUCAUGAUGCUGGAUCUUCCAUCAGCUCCUAGUCUGGCUGCAGACUGCUGCCCUUACCUAAUUUCAUCAACUUCAUGUGUACUAAGAAGUAGAGCAUAUCCCAUUAAGGUCCUGGAAUUUAAGGAGGCUCUGCAACGACGUUUAUUUCCAGUGACACAGGAAGAGCUACAAUUUAAACCAGAAUCCCUCUGUAAGAAGCUAUUUUCAGAUCACCAAGAACUGGAAGAUUUAAUGAAGACACAGAUACAUCCUUGUUCUCAGGGAAUUGUGAUAUUUUCUAGAAGCUGGGCUGAUGAUGUUGGCUACAGGAAAGAAAACAAUGUCCUCUGCGAUGCUCUCCUAAUAGCAGUCAACAGCCCCCUCGUACUCUAUACAAUCUUAAUACAACCCAGUUGGCUUGGAGGACUUGAAUAUGUCAGAAACACUGCUCAUCAGUUAAAGCAGAAACUGCAAACUAUUGGUGGUUACACAGGGAAAGUGUGCAUCAUUCCAAGGUUGAUACACCUGACCAGCACACAGUGUAGACCUGGUGAGAUCUCUGUGCACUACCCUCAAUCUUAUAGACUUGCUAAUGAGGAAGAAAUGGAAGACUUGUUGCAGGCCCUUGUGGUGGUCUCCCUGUGCUCUAGAUCUCUUCUGAGUGAUCGACUAGGCUGUGAAUUUUUCAACUUGCUCAUAGCGGAGCAGAGCAAGUUACUUUCUGAGAGCCUUCAGGAGACACGUGAAUUGUUCAUCCACUGCUUUCCGGGGACCAGGAAGACGGCCCUAGCCAUAAAGAUCAUGGAGAAAAUUAAGGAUUUGUUCCACUGCAAACCAAAAGAGAUCCUCUAUGUUUGUGAAAGUGACUCCCUAAAGGAUUUUGUGACCCAACAAACUGCCUGCCAAGCUGUGACGCGGAAAACCUUCAUGCAAGGGGAGUUUCCAAAGAUUAAACACAUAGUGACGGAUGAGACUGAGAAUUUCUGCAGCAAAUAUAGUGAUUGGUACAUGAAGGCUAAGAACAUCACCCAUCCAAAGGUGAGGGGGACUGGAAGUGAACACCCUCAUCAUGGGAUUCUCUGGCUUUUUCUGGACCCUUUCCAAGUUCAUCACACUGAUACCAACGGCCUUCCUUCUCCACAUGCUCAGUUUCCUAGAAAAACAAUCACCAAUGGAAUUUAUUGUGCUCUGGAAAUAGCAAAGAUCAUGAAAGAAGAAAUGAAGAGGAUCCAAGAAAGUCCUCCCCUCAACAUGUCUCCAGACACAUUGGCAUUGUUCAGAGAGGUUGCCUAUGAGGAAGUAAUGUGGGCCCAGGCUCUGCCUGGAGUGUAUGAGACAAAGACUAACCUUUCAGAAGAACAAAUAGCAAACUACACAGCAGAACGAUGUCACAGUCUGUUCCAAUGUGGCUAUCUGCCCAAAGACAUAGCAAUUCUGUGCAGGAGAGGGGAGGACAGAGAACGCUAUAAGUGUGCACUGUUAAAAGCAAUGGGGUUAAUUGAGACCCAAGGAGCAUCAGAGGUUGUUUUCAGCCAGGUCACUGGUGUUUGGGGCAAUCAUAUUGUUUUAGACAGCAUUCAGCAGUUUUCGGGCCUGGAGAGGACUAUUGUAUUUGGGCUUAGUUCAGAAUGUGCUCAGUCAGAGGAGUUUCAUAAGCUCUGCUUUGCCUCAAGAGCCAUUAAACACCUCUACCUGCUUUAUGAAAAGAGGGCAGCCUUCUGAAAAUUAUUACAGAUAAUACAGGAGGCCACAAAGAGCAGAGUUCCUUCUCCCAGACAGGUAGGUGGCAGCAAUUCUUUUUUAAUAUUACAAGUGAGAAAAUCAAGGUACAUCAGU